AUGAUGGAUAGCUUUGAUGAAGAAGAAUACGGUACUGGUGAGUUAGUUGUUACUGAUGACCUCCAAUUUGCAUUUGAAUCUAUUAUUGAGGCAUUUUCUAAGUAUUUAUCACUUUACAUACAUGUAUUAAAUAGAUUUAUUAAUCAUUUACGUCGUGUUGGAUCAUUAAAGUACGAAAGAACUAACUUGAUAAAAUUUGUGAAAAAGUUGAGACACUUCAAUGACACUUUACAAAUGAUUCAAAAUAAUAUAUAUGAAGAUGCCCAUGUAAGUGAUCCAUUAGAAAAAAGUGUAGUUUAUAUGGCCUCUAAUUUUGUGAAACUUUUGGAAGUUAUAGAUCUUUUGAAUUUCAUUUUUACAAGUUCAUUACAAAAAGAAAUUAUUUCAAAGACAUUAAAUUUUGAUUUAACUCUUUGUGAGGAAUGUAUUUCUAGUAUUGAAGAUACAUACAAAGUUUUUGUUAAAUAUACACAAUGGAUGGUAGAAUCUAUCGGUGUAGAAAACCCAUCAAUACAACUGGAAGUGGUUAGUACAGCAUUAAAAUAUGCAGCUGAAGAUCAAGAAAAUGAGAAUUAUGAUGGAGAAACUGAUAAUAUUUUUGUACAAGAAAUUAUGGAGGUGGAGGAUUCCAUUGAAUAUUUAAAAUUAACUCAUGACUGGGACACGAUUCUCCGUAGUCAUAUAAAACGAUUAGAGACCGAGUUUGACGAUGCCGCAAAUAAAUGGCAAGAAAAGUUUGGCAAAAAAAAAUAG